AUGAGUGUCACGUGUAAACAGGAAUCCAAAAAGCAAAACGACUGCAGAAGUAGGAAGAUCACUGGAAAAAGAUGGGAGUAUCCCAUUCCAAAAUCGAAGGAUUACUGGGAGAAAUUUUGCGACGAUGAGGAGAAGAAAUUGGUCGUAGUAAGAAAUCCUCCCCUUCAGUUAUCCUAUCGUUCCCUUUCCAAAAAUAAUACAGACUUUAUUGAUUUUAAUUCAGAUGUUCAAAAUAAAGUAUCCAAUUGGAACUCUUUUUCUAACUCUCGUUCUGACGAUCAGAAAGCACCCGACAGUUCUUUGCACAGAUUGCUUCCCAUAUUAAACAAAGAUUUGGGUUUUGAUGACGCGAAAUCAUUUCCAAAACCGAUAUUAAAGGGAUCGUUUCAAGCUGGUUUAAAAAGUUCGGAUACGACGGGUUACUUUGCUAUACCAUCUAAAGUUGUACGAAUCCCAAAAUUAGCUACCAACGAUCCUCAACCUAGUUCCCGUAAAAUUCAGCCUAAAGAGGAUCAUAUUCGGACUUCUUCCCGUGUCGAAAAUGAACCGAAGAUAGAAGGAGAAAGUUUCUCAAGUUUUCCGAUUCUCGAUACAUACCCGACGAUGUCAGAACUGCAAUUAAAACUAAAGAAAUUUAGAGACAUUCAGAAACAUUUAAGAUUGUCAGAUGGAAAGCUCUCUAAGACUAAAGAUCGAUCUUGGCUGAAAAUUGCUAAAGCAAAUGACAAGGAUUGGUCUAAGUUAAAAGAAAAUGAAAAAACAUUGACAGAUGAAGAUUCCUUAAUGUAUUCCGCUCGUUUCGCUUACAAAGCGUUGAAGCGUUUAACGAAAAAUAAAACUCUCGAUUUCGAAUUCAAACCUUUUGACAACUUACAAGAAGAACCGGUUCUUAAAUCAGGAGACUAUUCUUUGGCGAGUGACGAUGGAAGACAAGAGUUGCCAGAAAUUAAACGAAUUGAGAAAGGUAAGCAAAACGAAAAGCCUUUAAACGUUCAUGAUUUGCAAGCGAUUUCUGAAGAGAAAUCGCUCGAGGAUUCAGAAUUUACGCACACUGACGUCAAAUGUCCAUCUUUGAAAUCCGACGAUUCGAUUUCGAGAACCAUUCCGACGGAAUCGCGUUACACAUCGGGACCGAGUCCAGUGUUCGUGUAUCCGGAGGACUGGGAAAGUCCUUCGACUCGUAUUCUAUCGUCGAUUCCAAAAUUAUCAGGCUUCCCAAGGAAGAAUCGUGAACGAUGUUUACCGUGUAUGUAUAAAUCGUUCGAAACGCCGUUAAAAAGGAAAGUAUCCCUACCGAGAACCACUUUACAAAGAAUCAUUGCAGAAAGCAGCGGACUGACGUCGCCUGAAGAUUCGUUGGAGGAUAGCGACUCCACUUCUGCGAGCAUACCGAACUUUGAGGACGAAGUGGAAAGACUUCUGACCGACGAAGUUGAAACGAAUGACGUUAGACUCGAGUCCGACGUUGGAUUUGUGGAAUCCGAUGCCUUUGAAAAUGAACUCGCAGUCGCGGGGGCAGCUGCCCUCCUCGAAGAGGAACGAAUACAGAAACAACUAACGGGCGAAGUGGAGCAGAAAAGUAUUUCAAAGCCGGAACCUCCGUCUAACGUGAUUACGAAGAAGGGCAAAGAGGAUCGGCGAGACGAUGAUACAACUACGACGAAUCUGAACGAAGGUAGGACAGGUCUUACGACGCGUGUUACAUCUCUGGAACGAGCAAAGGUUCGCUCUUCGUCUCGAAGCGUAAGCUCCGAGGAGGACGAUUCGAUUGUCGUUUCGGUCAGCGACGAUCAGCCUAAGCCGAAAUAUUUAGUACCCUGUCAUGCCCCCACAAAUUUCAGGCCGAGCUUGGAGCCGUUGCGAGCUUUGAGAAACAGAAAACCGACGACUCUGCAGGAUCGAAUUGCGUUGCUCGAGUCGGCAUCCUCGAGGAAAAGCUCGUCUGCCGACAAUUACGGCGACAUUCCAGAAAACCCAAGAGUCGUGUCUAAAGGAGUCCUUGAGAAAGACAAAAUAGGCGACGAGAAGAAGUCAGUUCCGCCUCCUUUAACAAAAGCGAAGUCUGUCCUGGAAAAACUGAUGCUCGGGGAAGCGGAAGCAGGCACGGAAAAGCAACGACACGUCCUCAGAAAGGAAAUCAGCUUCUCGAGCUUUUCUGUAUCAACAGACACGGCAUCCAAUAGCUCGGAAAUAUAUCGCGACGCGUCAAAGGACGCAUUACGAGAAUUGGACGCGACUCGUGACGAUGGCCUUUUAAAAACGCUAUUCGCCGCUGAUUUCCCAAGAACUCGGGGGAAAUUGCCGCUUACGCAGCCGUGCGAGAUCGCGGAAAUUUUGAAUGAUCUCGGGGAGGACGUUUCGCCGACGGGCAUGUUGGAGAUCUUGUGCAAAGAAUUUUCGGAACGCUUAAAGAAGACUCACGUCGUUCACGACGACUCGAACGCGAAAGAACGUAAUAAGAUGAUUGCGAAUCUGACAAGAUUAUUAGUCGAUUCCAAACGUUAUUUGCACUCUGACAGAUUUCCCUCUGACUUGGUUUUUUCCACCGAUCAGCCACCCACGUGUAAUUCCCAACUCCUCCGGCGGGUCCUGCCUCUAAACACUUACAAUCGCGUUGCGCCUUUGCUGGGAAUGACGGAGUAUUAUCCGAAGAAGAAGAUAACCAAAUUCGAAGAAUUACCGAUGAAACUUGAUGAAAUCAGCCGAGUGCAAAUCAUCGACGAGACAUCCACACAGGACAGCUUAGUGGUGCAUCCACCGACACUGAGAGACACCGAAUCGCCCGUUGACCAGGAGAAACUGGGUCGUCGUAGAUACAAUCCUUACGCUCUAUUUCUGAUGAAACCAAGACGAAAGGUGGUUACGUGGCGUCCUUUGACGAAACGCGAUCUCGAGGGCUACGAUCCGGAAGCUACGCUGAAAAUGAGAGCCGACAACUCGAUGAAAAGGAUAUGUCAGGACUUCUGCCAAUGGAUCGAGACUUUAGGUGGGACGGAUAACACCAUCGACGAGGAAGUUCUCAGGGAUAUGUUCGAAAUCGAUUUCAGCGCCGAUGCUUGCAGGGCGACGCAGAUGUCGAUUCAGGAAAUGCCAGUAGUACCCGCGGAGGUAGCCGUAACGAGAAACACACCGGGCGCGAGCAAACUCGCGAUGACGAAGAAGCAUGUGAUGAAAGACGCGAAAGCGGAGGUAACGCCGGCGAAAAUAAAAGCCUUUGGCACCGCCCUACCGUGGAAGCUUCGAUUCGUGCCGCCCAAUAAUCAGGUGCAGAAGAAAUGGCUGCAAUGCGAGAACGUGCCUAAGGAUAUUGAAACGAUGGAGGUCGUUUGGAAAGAUAUAUUGGAUCUGAGGAGCGUAAGAGGUUUCGUGGAAUGGCUUCAACAGCAUCCGGAGAUACCACAACCGGAAGCUUUGGAGAAAAUCGCAUCAAUGGAUAUUAAAACGUUAAGACUGAUCGAAGAGGACGAGACGUUCGCGCACCUUGAAUUGGAUAUCAAUCAAAUCAAGAGUCUGCGAGUGUUGAUCGAUGGUGACGACGUCUCGAUGUAGCGCGCGCGUUUCGCUCCUUUCUGCGUCUUUCUCUGU